AUGUCGGCCAACCAGAACAAAGAGGUCUACGCCGUUGACGAUGCCGUUGAUGACGCCAGCAAGGGUCACUCCGAGCAUCUUGAGAGCGGAGUCGACCUUGCGUAUGAGAAGAAGAUGAUGCGAAAGAUUGAUAUCCGCCUUCUGCCUAUCCUAGGUAUCUUGUAUUCGGUCUCUUUGAUAGACCGUACAAACAUGUCGAACGCUGCAGUAGCUGGCAUGAGGGACGAGCUGGAACUGAAAAUCGGGGAUCGUUACUCAAUCGCAUUGCUGAUCUUCUUCAUUCCCUAUCUCCUCUUUGAACUUCCGAGCAACAUCGUACUCCGUCGUGUCGGCGCCGCGAAAUGGCUGGGCACAAUAGUUAUGCUUUGGGGCGGUGUCAUGAUCGGGAUGGGGUUUGUGAAGGAUUGGAGAGUAUUGGUUGUGUGUCGAGCGAUUCUGGGGUUGUUUGAAGCAGGCUUCUUCCCGGCAUGUGUGUAUUUGAUUUCGUCGUGGUAUGUGAGGUAUGAGGUGCAGAAGCGACUUGCCGCAUUCUACCUCAUCUCCUCAAUGAUCGGAGGUUUCUCGUCAAUCUUAGCAUAUGGGUUGAUGCAGAUGGAUGGACUGGGUGGCCUUGGCGGCUGGCGAUGGAUUUUCAUCAUUGAGGGUAUAAUCACAUGCGUGUGUGCGGCCUGCGCCUACGUCUUUAUCAUUGAUUUCCCAGACAAGCUCCUCCAGCACCGAAAGCCAUUCUUGACACCCCGAGAUGUGGAGCUCGUAAAAGCCCGAAUUGACCGUGAUCGUGACGACUCGGAAGCAGAUCCUCUGACGUGGGCAAAAGUCGGGUUACAUCUAUCAGACUGGAAACUAUGGCUCUACUCUAUUCUCUUCAUGAAUGCCACUGUUGCUGCAUACGCUUUCCCGUUCUUCAUGCCCAUCAUCCUCCAGAUCGGAAUGGGCUACACUGCGGGAAUGGCCCAAAUCCUCUCCGCCCCACCAUACCUCUCUGCCGUCGCCGUUGCCCUAGUGCUCGCCUGGCUCUCUGACAAGACCCGUCUUCGUGCGCCCUUCAUCGUUAUAGGAAAUGUCCUGGUCGUUGUCGGCCUUUCCAUGACCGCCUACCACAAAAACAACGGAGUCCGCUACCUCGGAAUCUUUAUCGGUAUGGCGGGGGCUCAAUCAAACAUUCCAGCCGUGCUCACGUACCAAGCCAAUAACAUCAGAACAAACUCAAAGAGAAGUGUUGGGUCCGCGCUCCAGAUUGGGUUCGGAGGCGUUGGGGGUAUCUAUGCCAGCACGGUGUUCAGAGAGAAGGAUCUGCCACGGUACCUUAACGGGCUGUGGGCAACCAUGGCGUGCCAGCUCUCCACCAUUUUGUUUUUGGGGAUUUUCACGCUGUACUUCAAGAGGAAGAACAAGCAGCACAGGGAAGGGACGCUGACAAGGCCCCUUGAAGGACACGAGGACUUUACGUACACUAUCUAA